AUGAAAGAAUCAAAAUCGGAGAAAUGUGUGAGCGGGGACUUGAAAAACGAGUAUUAUGAGAAGAGGAAAAGUGGGUCAAAUAUCGUGGGUUUUACGGUAAAUCCAAUAUCGGAGGAUAGUAACCAUUCCACUAUAUCUGAACAAAGUUCGGAAUCUGAACAAUGCUCUGUGAUGAAAAACUUAAAGUUACGCUCAAGUCCAACUGUGAGUCAAUCAAAUGUUGGACUGUCUCCGAGGGUCGUUAACGAACUAGGGGACAAAGUCUGUGAUGUUUCGUCAUCUGAUGACAUUAAUAUUGGUAAUCAUGAGAUUAACACUGAGUGUGAGAGUUCAGGAUCGGAGGUGUUUAAACGUGUUCACAGUUUACAGGACUUUCGCAGUAAAAGUGACGAAUGUGCGAGUGGUUUGGUGAAAGCUUCUAGUGAUAUUGAUCUAGUCUGUAAAGCAUCUGGUGAUGUUGAUGAAACUGAUGAAUUUGAUACAGGGUUACAAAUGGAUGAUAGAGCUAGUCAAAUAGGUGGGAAGAAUGACAUUUCAGUAAAGAUAUCAGGGUCUCAAUCUGAAUCAAUCGUUUUGAACAAUGCAAUACCAACAACAAGUGUACCGUCUCUUGAAAACUUGUAUGCCAAGGAGACUAAAACUCUAAACACCAAUGUCUUAGCAACAGAAUAUAUGGAAGAGUCGGUAACUACGGACUCGGACAAAUUCUCCAAACAUGACACUAAUGACAGAAUUGAAAACGUUGACGAAGAAGAUUUGAUAAAUAACGUUAUGGAAGUGACAACCAAAAGUGACGAAUUUGAAAUGCCAAAGAAAGUGAAAGAUGUGAAUAUCAGAGCAGAUAAAAAGAAAUCACCAAAAGGAGCUUGUGGCUCUAGUUCAGGCGUGGGUUCAGAAAAAGAGGACUGUUUUUCAUUGAGUGGCGUGAAGAGGAUGAAGUUUGAAGGUACAGAGAAAAAUCUGCAGAUGCAGGAGAUAUGUAAGAUUCAGAAAGAAGUUCUCAUCUCCGAAGCAUUAAAUGUUCGAAAACCAAAAAAUGUUGAACAAGUCGAGAGAGUGUCGUGUAUGCGAGAAGCUAGUCCGAGCGUGGAUAGUGACGUUGAAUGUGAUAUAGAAGAUCAAGAAGAAGAUAACGAUAUGGAGGUGUCGGAUGAUAACGACACCGGAGAGGUCGUACCUCGAGUGCCGAGGACCCUGGCUGAGGGAGCAUGUUACACAACGGCUGAAGUUCUAGCAGCCGAAGAUGCCUGGCAGAAAUAUUUAAGGCGGAAUGACAGUGUAGUUGUGGACACUUUUCAAGGGCAGUUUAAAUCUACUGUUGUAUGUGCACAAUGUAACCAGGUGUCUGUAACAUUUGAACCGUUCAUGUAUCUCUCUGUACCUAUCCCUCAUGCCAUGGAAAGACAACUCUGUGUAACAAUUAUACCAUUAAUGGGAGAAGCUACACAUGUGUUAGUCAAACAGGAGCUGUGUAAUCUGAUUGGUGGAAAUCCCACUGACAUCAUUAUAGCUGGAGGUGCUGAAUUGGCACAUCUCUCGAAGACCUGGAGACAUCAUGACCUAGAAGGUGAGGAGGAUAACACCAUGCUGCGAUACAUCAACGACUCUUCUCGAACAAUUUAUGCUUUCGAGAUGGACCAGUCUACAUCCGGUAGUUGUCAUGGUAAUGAGAACCCUCCACACUCUGCCAUGAAUGUUACACCGGCCACGUCACAAGACAACCUCGCCUCUCAAGUCGAUUCUUUUAACAACGUAGACUCGUAUUUUGUCAACAGUAACGUUAAUUUGGGCUCUGAAACAUUCUCUGAAGCAGAUCCCUACUAUGGUCAAUCUGGGUCAGCAGAUUUUAAGAAUUCAGGAAGUUUGGAUGAUAUGGUAGGCACAGGAUUGUGGGAAUGGAAUCAAAAUGGGUCGGACAAAAGACGAGGGAGUCUGGAAACAGAAACUGGUGAAAAUCCAGUGGUAGAUAGUACAACAUCUGCUACAGGAUUUGAUAUAAGUGAAGAUAUAGCGAGAGCAGAGGGUUGUGAAGCCGUGGAGAAAUCCACGGUAACCAGUUCUACUGUCACUACAGAUGACUGGAAAUCUUGUGCUAUAUGUCUCGAAGAAAUGCCGGAGAAUGAGCUGAUGGUUCACACAACAUGUGGCGGUACUUUCUGCUCUGCUUGUUUAGAGAUGUCUGCCCAGCAUUAUAGAGAUUCUGUAUACUGUUGUCCUGUAUGUUCAACACCAGCUGAUAUGACGGAAGAUUUUGUUCCAUUAACAAAUGCUGCCAAUCAUAAACCAAAAACAAGGAUUGUUGCUAUACCUAUUUCUUAUCGCUGUGAGAAAGACAUAUCAGGGACAGAUAAUCCAUACCUGUUUGCACAUCCAUCUUUACUGAAUCUACCUAGUAACUUGACUGGUCAACAUAUCUAUACAUGUAUACAAACCAUUAGACCUGACAUGAACAACUUUAAAAUAUUGCUCACUGACGGCACGGGUUUACACUGCUCACGAUGUCUGUACAUGGAACACUGUACAGGGUGUGAAAUACCUGCAGAUGGUGAAGCUAUAUUACGUCCUGGUGAUAAUCUAGCUGUCAGCGUACAAUCCGUGACAGACGAUCAGGUGUCUGAGUAUCAGCGUGUUAAUCAGCAUAGAUCUAUGGAGAAACAACGUUCUCAUGAACCAGUCACUCUACUAGACUGCUUCAGUGCUUUCACACAAAGUGAAGAAUUAGAUGAACAGAAUCCAUGGUUCUGUCCUCACUGUAAGGAGAAUCAGAGAGCCAAGAAAACCAUGACAGUAUGGCAGUAUCCUGAUACACUUAUAAUACAUCUUAAAAGAUUUGUAUUCCAUGAACUGUCCAGUACAAAAGUAGACAACAAAGUUGUUUUCCCUAUCGAUAACCUUGAUCUCAAUUGUUUUAUCUCGGGACCAAAGACCAAGAACCUCAUGUAUAAUUUAUACAGCCUUGUGUGUCAUUUCGGAGGUGCCAACUCUGGUCAUUACACAGCAUACGCUAAACAUCCUGUAGGCGGACAAUGGUAUUACUACAACGAUGAAACCGUGACAGAGACUCAUCCUGGUGAAGAUGAAUUUACCAGCACUUAUGUCCUCUUUUAUCAAAGAAAAGGCACAGAUAAGGCUUUACAGAUACCAGAUGAUCUUGACCUUGGCUUUGAAGCAGACGUCACAGAUCCCGAAGCUUCAAGCAGCAUUCCAAGUGUGAUUUUCCAACCUCCACAGGAGGACAUUACCCUCAAUUUGAAUAACAAAACAACCACAGCUCCACCUACUUCCUGUGAAACUGCAUCAUCUACUUCCUGUCACCAGGUGGCAGCAUCGACAGGUGCUUGUGACUUGUUUAAUUCAGCUGACCAAUCAGAUGCUUACAAAGUAGAUUCAAGCUGUGUGAGGGCGGAGCUAGCUGAAGCUGACAGCACUGCCCCUUCAUAUGAAUUCUAUUCCUAAUUUGAAUUUCAUUAUAUUAAAUUGAGCCGCGUCACGACAAAACCAACAUAAUGGGUUUGCGACGAGCAUGGAUCCAGACCAGCCUGCGAAGCUCGUGGUCUGAUCAGGAUCCAUGCUCUUCGCUUACCAACCCUAUUACAAGUAGAGAAACUGAUAGUGAACAGCAUGGAUCUUGAUCAGACUACACGAUUGGCAGGCUGGUCUGGAUCCAUGCUGGUCGCAAACCCACUAUGUUGGUUUUGUCAUGGCACGACUCAAAUAUUGGCACACAAAAGAACAACAUAUAAAUAUGUUAUCGGUACCUCACUUUUAUUUAAAAAUAUUUAAUGAUCAAAAUAAGUUUAAAUUGAAACUUUAUAUGUGUUGUGAAGUUGGAUUUUGUAUUUUUUUAAUUAAUCUCUUUGUUAUCAAUAUUAUUUAUCAAACAGUUUUGAUAAAUUGAAAAGGGGAAUAAUAUUAUAACAUUGAUGUUUCCCUUUUUUCAUUUAUUUUAUUUCAGCUGUCAGGGCAAGCAUUAUGAUAUAGGUGUUUGUAAAUUUAAGACUGUCUUGUUGAUGUUGUUUACCAAUAGUAUAUAUGAAUAAUUUUGAGAUUUUGAAUGUUAUUUAAAGACACAGAAAGUCUCAGUAAUUAUUACCAUUUUUAAUCUUUAGAAAGGCAAAAAUGUGUUUUGUAAUAUUUUAAAAACUAUUAAUAAUUUUCAAGCAUAUUAGAUGUUUAUCACCUGAACAUGAGAAUAACGCUGACUGUGAAAUAAUUUUUCAUAAAGGUAGGAAAAUGUAAACAAAGUAGAAUUUUCACUUUAAUACAAAAUUCUGAAUCACUAAAAUUGUAAAAAUUGACCAAAAAAAAAAGUUAACAAAAGAAGCAAAAUAUUGUUUAGCUAUAUUGUGGAUGAUGUCAUUUUUGAAAUUGUAAUAGGGCAUCCAAAAAUAAAUUUUUUUUUUUGAGAAAUGAAAUAAAACAGCAAUGGGCCUUUCACUUUGUAAAAUUUAAGUGAAAGUAGUAACAGGAAUGUAUCACCACCAUGCUGUCUUACAAUACUUGUAUAGUGCUCGAUGUUUAUAUUGAACAUUUUAAUGUCAAAAUCCCUAGUAAUUAAAACGGACAGUUCCAAAAUCAAAUGUCGACUAGUCCAUUAUACAAUUUUAGGAGGCCCGAGGGUAAAAGACUUAAUAUGAUAUUGUGUUGAUUAUGAUAGCAUAUGUAAACAAAGGUUAAAUGAUCAAAUAAGAUUUUGAUUUCAAUUAUAUAAGACUGUAGUAUAUAGUAUAUGUAUGGAAAGAAAAUUUAACCUUUUUGUACUCGAAAAAGUUUUUAAAGUUUUCUUUGAUGUUUUUACAAAGUUUAAAAAUGAUUGAAAGAUUUGGAUAUUUGAGACUCAGUCAGGAUCAUGGAAAAUGAGAGAAUUGUUUUUGUAAUUUGUUACCUUUGUUAACAUUAUUUUUUGGCUUUGUUGUAUGUGAAUUAAUCAAUUUUGAUUAAAACAGAUUGUUUAUAAACACCAAUUUUUUUAUUUCCUUUUCAUCCAUUGUUUCUUCAUUGUUAUUUAAUGGGUUUAGCAUUUACAGUGUUCACACAGUGUCUUGUAUACCAAUGCCACAAGUAUAAAGUCAGGUCAUCCCAACAGGUACUUUGGAUUCUUUCUGGUACUUUGGAUUCUUUCUGGUACUUUGGAUUCUUUUUGAUGAGAAAAUUAUGAUCAUUGUUGGUUCUACUCUGUUACCAAUUUGUGCCUGAAACAAAGCACGGAAAGAGCAUCCAAGGUCUUUCUCCACCAGCAAAACUAGAAAGUUGACAUAUGACUUUUUGAUAUGAAACCCCUGUCCAUGUAUUCUUUAUUGUUUAGUAAAGAUGUAUGGAGGAUUCUUGAGUUCCACCUCCACCCGUUAAAACAGGGAGGUUGCUAUAUGAUGUUUAAAGUGUUGGCAUAACUUGGAAUCCAGCCAAACAUCAGCUCUAAGAAUUGCCUACGAAUAAAAUAAAAGAUAACGCGAUCUUGUGGUCAAAAUAUAAAAUAAAAUCAGCUAUCGUAUAAUCUGGCAACACUUAUACCAGAUUUUGUGUGUGUUUGGUUUGUUUACCCUUGGCAACCAGAAAAGAACGAUAUUGUUGAGCAUGUACUUCAUUUAUAACACUAUUAUUAAUGAGAUAUUUCAACAGAUUUGUAGACAGACCUGGCUUUCUACUUGUGCUGUAAGAGUUAAAGGGACUCCACUGAGGUUUUUUGACAUGAUGUGACUGGAAAUAAUUUUUUGAGAUUAUUACUCCAUUUGAUGUAGAUCUAAACUAAUAACUAGUGUGAAAAAUUGAAAAGCGUUUAAAUGCUUUUCACUCAAAUCAGACUGAGAAUAGCACAAAUAUAUGAUUUUCAUUGUAUUUCUUGUAUAUUUCUUGGUUAUAUUUUAUUUAUUUCUGUUUUAAGUGCUCAUGUUUAUCUGUGUGAAAAAUUAAAAUUUCAUGUUAACCUCAGUGGAGUUCCUUUAAUUAAAGAGUUAAUUGAUACUGCUAAUUAAGUUAAUUAACUCAUCAUUUUCAUUUCCUUAAUUAGUAUCUGCCAAUUACUAACAUUAAUUUCAUUAUUUUUGUUUGUUUUUUUCUCCUAAUACUUUUAUUUUUUGUAUAAAAUCUGUAGAAAAAAAAUGCAAUCCUGAGGAUGCAAUAUUAUACGAGUGUAAUGUUAAACAUUUGCUGACCUUUGACCUUUAAAGCAGCAUGUCUUCAGAUAUAUGAUGAAUUUUUAUGCAGAAAAAAAACA